AGGGGGAAGGAGUCGGCAUGUGCGCAUGCGUACAUGCGGGAACAAGGAUGACCUAAGGAAAUUGGUCCAGGAAUCCGGGACGGAGGGUUCAAACGCAUGCGCAUAUCCAUAACUGAUGCUGGCUCUAAAGGAAGCCCAGGCGGGGAGGAACGAUGUCGCAGGUGCCUGCGCGCUGCCUCUCCCGAUGUAAACAGCGGCCUCCGGGCGGGCCGCGCGCUCGGGCCCUUCGCUAGCUCGCGUCUUCCCCCGCCCUCUCCAGAACCACCUCCCACCCGCGCAGGCGCAGUGCGGGGAGCGCUUGACAGCCGAGCCAGCUGGGAGCCUGCGAGCGCCGGGGCCGAGAAGGAUCCGGGUCGGGGCCGCGGAGCCCACAGGGGCCCAUCCAGGUGUCGGCCAUGGGGAAAUCCUUUUCUCACCUGCCUUUGCCUUCGUGUAAAGACGAUGGUUAUGACGGAAUGACAUCCUCCGAUAACAUGAGAAAUGGCCUGAUUCAUUCCGAAAGCCACAAUGAAGACGCGAGGAAUGGGGACGUCUCCCAGUUCCCGUAUGUGGAAUUCACCGGCAGAGACAGUGUCACUUGCCCCACUUGUCAGGGGACAGGAAGGAUUCCCCGGGGCCAGGAAAAUCAGCUCGUGGCAUUGAUUCCGUAUAGUGAUCAGCGACUAAGGCCAAGAAGAACAAAGCUCUACGUGAUGGCGUCUGUGUUCUUGUGUCUGCUGCUUUCUGGGCUGGCCGUUUUCUUCUUGUUUCCCCGAUCCAUCGAUGUGAAAUACAUCGGGGUGAAGUCCGCGUACGUCAGCUACGACGACACCAAGCGCGUCAUCUACUUGAACAUCACGAACACACUAAAUAUAACAAACAACAACUAUUAUUCUGUGGAAGUUACAAACAUCACAGCACAAGUCCAGUUUUCAAAAACUGUUAUUGGAAAAGCACGAUUAAAUAAUAUUACCAAUAUUGGACCACUGGAUAUGAAACAGAUUGAUUACACAGUCCCUACCAUUAUAGUAGACGAAAUGAGCUAUAUGUAUGACUUCUGCACGCUGCCCUCCAUCAAGGUCCACAACAUCGUGGUCAUGAUGCAGGUGACUGUGACAACCACCUACUUCGGGCACUCUGAGCAGAUCUCCCAAGAGCGCUACCAGUAUGUCGACUGUGGAAGAAACACUACCUAUCACCUGGGCCAGUCGGAGUACCUGAACGUGCUGCAGCCGCCCCAGUAGACGCUGCGGGAGGGACGCUCGCGGCCACGCUCAGCCCGCGUCACCCGCCACGGGCAGACCUGUCUUAGGGGUACAGUUAAAAACAUGUAGGAGCGCUCUUGCUGAAACUUCUCCUCUAUUGUGGUGUAUUUAUACUCAUAGCCGACAUUAACGUAGUGCUCUAGGGCUCACCAGGCACUUCCCAUAGAUAUUGUUUGUGUCCGUUGGUCGUCCCGACCGCCCUGCACAGUCAUUGCGCAGGAGUCUUCGUCCCCAUCUCGCAGAGGAGCCGGCUGAGUCUCGGAGACAUCUUUGGCCCGGUCGUGGCCGUAAGGAGGGGAGUUGGUGUUUAGGCUGGGCCCCUGCUGAUUCCGGGUCACGCUCCUCUGAGACCCCGCUUGGCUCUACCUGAAACUUCCCCAGAAGGGCUCAGUCGUAAAGCUUGAGACUUUGGCGCUAGGACAGUCAAGCUGGCAGCUUGGGAGCGGUAUCACAGAGACCGGUGUUUCUGAAUAUUUUAAAUUCAAGUAUCUCAUCCCAAAUCAAUGAAAAAACACAAGUCUGCCAUUUAAAACAUUCUCAUCAGAGGACUGGGGGUUUUACCUCUGUUGUCACAUGGAAGGAAGUCCGAAGACCCUGGAAGGGGGUCAGAAAGGGACAGUGCACACAGUCUAGCCCAACCCCCUCACCUAGACAGGAUCCGGACCCAGAUUCUCUGGCCCCCGGGCCCCCAUUCUUUUCACUCCUGAACUGGGAAGUGUGAAAACAUUCAUUUUUUAGCUUUUCAUAUAUUAUAUAUAUUAUGUCAAGCUGGUUGAUGCUCUAACAGAUUUGUAAAAAAAAAACAAAAUGAAUUUUGCAAAAUUCUUAAUCUAAAGUUCUCUGUGGUCCCUGGGAUGAAUAAUCAGGUUCAUCAGUGUCUUUUCCCAUUUUUAGUUGAGAUUUUGCAGGAUUUGUGUGAUCUUCACCCAUUGAUAUAAUCAAUAGUUACCUGAUCUAGGCUGUAAAUAAUGGAGCUAUAGUUUUAUUGGAAGUACAAUUUGAUUCUCAGUGAAGAACUGAAUUAGCUAAUCCUGUCGUCACUUGUGAUACAAAUCCAAGACAUCUAUUGUUACGCUGUCAUUGGACACCUGUGAAAUGGGGAUAACAUGGGGGGAAAGAGAGGCGCUCUGCUCUUUUCCAUGUACAUCAGUCCGAUUCAUGGGAAGGCUUUAGAAAAACCCUCACUUCUCCUUACGUGUUGACCUCAAGGGCACCUGGGAUCUGUUGUGUAUUAGAAAAAAAGCUCACUGUGGCCAAGACACAUUAAGGGAUUCUGGGUAUUAUUAAAUAAUUGGAAUCAGUCUUUUGUGUUUUAAAAAUAAUUACAAAUCAAAUUGUGUUUUAGCUAAUGUGGCUGUUGGAUCUCUUUCCUUUUCUGCUUCCUAAUCUGAACCCAUCUCCAUCCCUCUUCUCUUGCUCCCAGAAGCACACAUAGAUUUAUAGGAAUCCUAUCACCCGUUUUCAGACUUCUCCCCAAAGGAGACCCUUCCUUCGCACUGACCAGGGGUUCCGGACUGCCGUGCCGAGCCUUGGGGUGGGGAGGUACCAUAAAUAGACACUGUCGUGCUUUGUUCAAUUGAUUGAUUCUUUGGCUUUUAUUUUUCAGGAUUCUCAGCCCCCAAAGAAUUCAGGGAGGUUCCCGGCCUCGUUAUGGAGAGUCACAGUCAUUGAUGUUUUGAUAACUUUGCAUUUUGCAAAGCCAUUUACUUCCAUAGUUGGACCUCAUGAUAACCCUACAAUGGGCACUCCCUGGGGCACUGCACCCCCUUUGAAGGAUGAGGAAACUGAGCUUAAGAGGGGCUCAGAGAGAGGAAGGGAGUAGAAUUUGAAUCGAGGCCACGGGACUCGGCAUUCAGUGCCCUUUCCCCGCCAUCAUGUCGAGUCUUGCCUUUGAGACUCCGAUCGAAUGACCGGAAGCGUGAAGGUGCUUUCGUCCCUUCCUUUGCCUGCUUUCUGUGCCUCUUGCUAGUUCCCUUUGUGAAAAAUGGCAGCAGAAGCGCCCGCGCCACUUCCCCCGCCUGCUGGGGACGUCCGGGGUUUCCUCUCCCCCCUCGGCAGCUCCUUGCGGCUGGGCCAGCUCUAGUCUUGCUUUCGUGGCCCUCGCCCUUGUUCGGAAACCUUCGGCUCAGUCUCCCCCUCCCACAACACCCUCCUUAGCCUGGAAGCCCUUUGCGUCUCUCCCCCGCGAGUCCUCGCCAUUUAGACUCCUGGAGGCCUUGGGACCUCGGCCUUUCUCGGCUCGUGCCGGGAUUCUCUGAGGCCCGCGCACAGAGCGCCUCGGAUCCUCGGGCUUCAGAACCUCGACCCCGGCCCAGCCCGGUUGGCCUUCUUUGCAUUUUCCCCGCCCCUUCUGACCCCUUCCCCUUCGGCCCACCUGGAGGUCGCACGUGGCCCAGCCUGGGGGGCUCCCCGAGCCCAGGUUUCGUUUGCUCGCUUGCUAGUCCACCUUUGGGGUGCGUGGUUGUAGUUGGUGCCCGUGGGUGUGCGCCCGUAUGCUGUGGGCACUGCGGUCUCGGAGAUCUCGUGGCUCCUGAGCUCGCCGCGACCUCACCUUUGCCCGUUGCUAACGCCCGCCCUCGCGCUCCCGUAAUCGGGCAGUUUGCGCACAGGCGUCAUUCCCAAAAGGUCUGAGGCUGAUCCCUCUAGAACAGUCCCCAAGCUCCCGGGAUGUUGAGCCGCGGCCCGGGGGGCGUGUCAGACCUGAGCCAAUCACAUUCCCUGUCCCGCCCUGGGGAUGAAAAUCCUCCGGUGGAACUUUGGGUAGCCGGUGGGCGCUCCCUCCCCCCCAGACUGGCCCCUCACGCUGUCCCCACCAUCUCUCCCUAGUAGCCACCCGAGGCCCUCCUUGUUGAAACUACCCAAGUCAGGACGGGGCCCAGGCUCUGGUCAAGCUCCUGGGCCCUUGCGGGGCCCAACAGGCCUGGGAGGUCUGGGUCCUCCUCGGUAUUUGUGAGCCUCUCUCAAGCUCAGUUUCCUCAUCCUCCAAAAGGGGUGAGUGCGGUGGCCUCCUGGCUGGCAGCUGACGGGAACCUUGAAACAUCCAGUGCUUAAUAAUGGCUUUUAGAACCUUUGGUGGGAAAAAAGUUGGGAAUUAUCGAUCUGUAACCUGACUUAGAAAUCUGCGAUUCCUUGAAAUUAGUGGUGUCUGGUGCAAGUUUGUGCUUAUUUACCGUUUGGCAUUUUCUAAUCAUUCCCGCUCCUGAGUGAGGUUUCCAGCGUCUCUAAGGACCUUCAAAACUGACCUAAAAGGGGGAGACGAAGUGAUGUAAAAGAAGGCCCCGUGUUUGUUAGUUUCUCAGCGGCGUUACGGUGGAAAAUGGCAGGUGAAGCUCCCUUUACUGACCGUAAGUGAGGCUGCUGGCUACCUAAGCAGCCCCUUCAGGCCAAGGAAAGAUGCUUCGUGGGCCAGAUGGGCCGGAAGAGCGAGGAGCAGAGAGAGGGCGCAGACCCCUCACCAAGGCAGGCUGGGCAAAGAGCUUAGGUAGCUAGAGGAGGCCGGCAGGAUUAACCAGAAGGGAAUGAGGGUAACAAAGGCCGGGACCCACUUACGUUGGGCUUCGGCUGGCUGCCCAUAGGACACACCCCCACGAGAGUGGGUUUCUCACCUAACUUCCCUCCCUCCCCCCCUCCCAGACGCACACCCCGCUAUUUCAGAGCAGCGGGAUCCCCACGGGCAAAGAUUUUGUCAUUUUGAUGAGAAAUGAUAAAAUUACAGGUUCUUUUCUUCUUCAGAAAACUUAGUUCUGGAAAUCAACAUGAAUUUCACACUGAGAUUAAGUCUCAGGUAAACAGUGGCCCUUUUAGUUUGUGAAAUUACAUUAAAAUCUCAGAGUACGGUGAGCAACAUUUGUGAAACUUUUCUAGUCUGAAAGUUUGGCUUUGAGAGGGACUUGUCCAUCCUUACAUAGUCUCAAUAAAUAGAUUGGGGGAAGUCUGAGGUACUUUAAAUGUGCAUUUCAAGUUCCUUGGAAGUUUCAUGAUCCAGUAGAGCUUUUCGUAUUUUGAAAACAUUGUAACUUGAUUAAAAAAAAAAAAAAAAUUCAAAAUCUGUCAAUGUCAAAUAAAUGUUUUUGUUUUGCCUUUUUCCUGUUUAAAAUAAGUGUUUUUGGAAGGAAAACUUUAAAAUAUAUUCGUAGUAGUCAUCUUUAUAAUAUUUAUUGAAUAUUAAAAUAUUUAGUCUUUUAUAUGUAAAAUGAAUUAAAUAUUAGGAUUUUAGAUUGUGAGCAACUAGGUUAUCCCCAGACUAUUAAGUUAACGUAUAUUUCUUUGUACUAUUGCAUACUUAGCUUCACAGAGGCCACACGUUCUUUACUUAGAUUUCUUUUAUCUAGAGAAAUUCAGUAAAUCAUUUGUUAUUUUCACUUCCUUUUCCUAAAUACUGUUACGGAAUUUAAAAUGUUAUUAUUCUUGAAGCAAGUUUGAAUUUGAAGAAAAAUGUUUCUAAAUUAUCGGAAGGAUUGUUUAAAAUUAUUUCAAGACCCUUCCGUGUUUUUAGCAUUUCAAAUAUAUUUGCAAAUUUUAAAAAUUGACAUUCUGCGUCCCAGACGAACAUUAGACUUUAUAAGUUUCUUGUUUUCCUUUUAGUCAAAAUUCAUAAAGUUAUAAAAUUCAUUUUGUAGAGACUGAGUCGGUUCCCAUUGUGUGUGUGCACCAAGAGCACAAAGCUCAAAACGAUUUUUUCAGCCUUUACCCUCAUGGUUGAUUAUUGAAACUUUAGCGUUCUUCUCUUAGAUGACAUUUGUGUUAGUGAUAACAGUUUUUUAGUAGAAAAGGCAGAAGCCCCUUCCUGGGCCCUUUGCUAAGUGAUUUAUACUUCUGGAGGUUGGCCGGCAGCAUCCCGCUUUGUACUUCUGUGUUUUGUGUUUAACUCAAGCCUUCAAGACAAUGACUCGGUCUCUUUCUCUAGGAGACCUUGAUAGAGCUCAUUCGUUUCAGGACUGUAUAUAAAUGAAUGCAGAAAGUAUCUGGUAAGUUUUUCAUAGUAAAAUAUAACUUCUAAGAAGGGAAAUUGUGACCUUCUUUAUAUUACAUUAAUUGAAAUGUGUUUAAGAAAUAAAUUUCCAGCAUAUUUUAGUAAAAGAACAAAAAAAGGAUGCGAAUUGGGCCAAUGGCCUCGAGACAAUACGAUUUACUACCAUGUAGAUGAUCUGAGUCCAAAACUCUUUCCCAGAACUGUGAAAAAUCUCCAAGUCUGGGAGAUAAUUGUCUCUCUCCUAUCACUGGGAGAUCCUUAGGGUGAUAUCAAACUUUCGUUAUUGCUUAAGUCGUUGAACACAGUGGAUUCUAAAUGAUGGAUUUUUUUUGGAUAUGGCAAUUUGGUUUUUUGUGACCCAUUUGGAUUAUAAAAUCUUAUAAAUUAUGGAAUUAUACCUUAUGUACGACUUUUCAGAGGUAGACUUAAGAUUCUUUAAUUAUUUAUUUAAUACAAUUAUUAUUUAUUUAAUACAACUAACAAACAAUGCACCCUCUAUGCUGGACUCAACCUGCUCAGUAACUUCUCUAGUUAGAACAAUGCUAGUCAGGUUCUAGUCUUUCAUGGCGGGUGAAAAACAAACUCUAGAACUUGGGUGUGUGUUGGGCACUUUUUGUUUUUAUUAACAUUCAUAGAGAAUAUUAUUGGCACACUAAGCUUUUCAAGAGGAGCAUUUGUGUGUGAGCUUAACUAAUGUUGCAAUUCAUCUAAUCAAAUAUGCAGAUGGCACUUAAUAAAAAUGAGAAAAGUAUAACUAUUUUUGUAAUUAAAAGUUGUAACCGUUGCUCUUGUAACCAUGUGUGUCGAACUAAAAUCUGUAAUAAAUUUGUUAACUGAGCAUGAAAAAUAAAAUUUCUUCCUGUCA